CGGAGUGCGCGGAAGGCAUGGCGGCGCCCGAGGAGCACGAAUCUCCCGCUGAGGCCCCUCAGCCGGCGGUGCUGGAGGAGGAAACGAAAACGUUUAAAGAUCUGGGUGUGACAGAUGUGUUGUGUGAAGCCUGUGACCAGUUGGGAUGGACAAAGCCCACAAAGAUCCAGAUUGAAGCUAUUCCUUUGGCCUUACAAGGUCGUGAUAUCAUCGGGCUGGCAGAAACUGGCUCUGGAAAAACAGGGGCCUUCGCUUUGCCCAUUCUGAAUGCACUGCUGGAGACGCCCCAGCGAUUGUUUGCCUUAGUUCUCACGCCCACUCGGGAGCUAGCCUUUCAGAUCUCAGAGCAGUUUGAAGCCCUGGGGUCUUCUAUUGGUGUGCAAAGCGCUGUGAUUGUAGGUGGAAUUGAUUCAAUGUCCCAAUCUCUGGCCCUGGCGAAAAAACCACAUGUAAUAAUAGCAACUCCUGGUCGACUGAUAGACCACUUGGAAAAUACAAAAGGUUUCAACUUAAGAGCGCUCAAGUACUUGGUUAUGGAUGAGGCAGACCGAAUAUUGAAUAUGGAUUUUGAGACAGAGGUAGACAAGAUCCUCAAAGUGAUUCCCCGAGAUCGGAAAACGUUUCUCUUCUCAGCUACCAUGACCAAGAAGGUGCAAAAACUUCAGCGAGCAGCACUGAAGAAUCCUGUGAAAUGUGCUGUUUCCUCCAAAUACCAGACAGUUGAGAAAUUACAGCAAUAUUACAUUUUUAUUCCUUCUAAAUUCAAGGAUACGUACCUGGUUUACAUUCUAAAUGAACUGGCUGGAAACUCCUUUAUGAUCUUCUGCAGCACCUGUAACAAUACUCAGAGAACAGCUUUGCUGCUCCGCAAUCUUGGCUUCACUGCUAUCCCCCUCCAUGGACAGAUGAGUCAGAGCAAACGCCUCGGAUCCCUUAAUAAGUUUAAGGCAAAGGCUCGUUCUAUUCUUCUAGCAACUGAUGUUGCAAGCCGAGGUUUGGACAUACCUCAUGUGGAUGUAGUUGUUAACUUUGACAUUCCUACCCAUUCCAAGGAUUACAUCCAUCGAGUAGGUCGAACCGCUCGAGCUGGGCGUUCUGGCAAGGCUAUCACCUUUGUCACCCAGUACGAUGUGGAACUCUUCCAGCGCAUAGAACACUUAAUUGGGAAGAAACUGCCUGUCUUUCCAACACAGGAUGAUGAGGUGAUGAUGCUGACAGAGCGGGUCACUGAAGCCCAGAGAUUUGCCCGAAUGGAGUUGAGGGAACAUGGAGAAAAGAAGAAGCGCGUGCGGGAGGACGCUGGGGACGACGACGACAGGGAGGGUGCUAUGGGUGUCAGGAACAAGGUGGCUGGAGGAAAAAUGAAGAAACGGAAAGGCCGUUAAUUUCUUUUAUAAAGACUUGAUUGCAGCCUUCUGUUUGUACAAGGAGAGUGGGAGGGAAUGGACCCCCCGCCCCCAGCAGAGUUCCUCAGACAGAAAUCGUCACAGUGAUGGCCAGAACCUGCUCAUCUCCUCGAGCGCUCGCUCUCUUCUGUAGGGUGCCAUUACCGCACAGCGGUUUUUACGGUGCCCCCGUCAGCUUUCGUUUCUUGGUCACGACAUGAGUAAGAUGUGCUCUUUUGUCCCUUCACACAGACCUUUUGCUUUUUCAGCUGCAAGUCAAGGACUAGGUUGAUGGAGCACUGGACCUGUAAUUUAAACUGGUGAUACUUAAGCAGUCUCAGCUUCUGCUUCAUUCGACAGAAUGCAAACUAAUAAAUUUAAAUAUUAUUUUUAAAAGAUUCAAA